UUUUAUUCAAUGAUGGCCGAUUGGAUUCGAUAUUUUGAAUCUGAAAUUCCUCCCACAAAUUUGGAAGAAACUAGAAAGACACUGUAUGGAUUUACAGCCAGUCAUAUACAAAAUGCAAGAAACGUUGUAUUUAUUACGUCUGGAGGUACAACAGUUCCUUUAGAAACCAACACUGUGAGGUUUAUUGAUAACUUUAGCUCUGGUGCAAGAGGUGCUGCUUCAGCUGAAUAUUUUCUUUCUCAAGGGUAUGCAGUUGUGUUUGUUUAUCGUCAAAAGUCCGCCUUACCAUUUCAAAGAUAUUUUAUUGCUCAAAAUCCACUAGAAUUUCUAAAUGUCAAUGAUAAUAUUGAUAAUCCUCUUCCAAAAAGUAUUAUGGUGGAUGAGUCCAAAGCACCUGGUCUUAAAGAAAUUCUACUUCAGUACAGAGAGGUGAAACGAAAUGGCACUUUGCUUCAAAUUGAGUUUACAACACUGAGCAGUUACUUGUUCUUGUUGCGCAUGUCUGCUGAAACACUCUCUGCAUUUGGACACCGUGUGAUGUUUUACCUAGCUGCAGCCGUCUCAGAUUUUUAUAUUCCUCGAGAAAACUUAUCCACGCAUAAGAUACAGUCCAGUCAAGGACCUUUAGUGCUGAAUUUACAACAAACACCAAAGCUUUUGCAACCGUUAGUUAAAGACUGGUCUCCGCAAGCUUUUGUUGUCUCUUUUAAACUGGAAACUGAUGUAAAUAUUAUCUCGAAGAAAGCAAGAGAAUCUCUAAAUAAUAACUCACAUCAGGUGGUGAUAUCAAAUAUUCUACAAACUCGGCGUAAAACUGUUGUGAUUGUGACGGCAAGUGAAGAGAAUGCUAUAUGGAUGUCGGAUAGUGAACUGGAGCAAGGAAAAGAUAUCGAAGAAAAGAUUGUUGCUGAUUUAGCUAAGAAGCAUAGCGAGUUUAUCAGAAGCAACUCUUUACCUGGUUACAAUGCGAGUAACGAGCUUUCAUUGGAAAAGAGUUUUCCAAUCGCAGUCACCAGUGGUCAGGUUAUUUACCUUUCCGAAGGCACUACGUAUCAACUCCAGGGCAGGGUAGCAGAAAACCCAACUAGUACAAUGUUGUUAAGCCCCAGCCAAACACAACAAUUUGCGAUGACUAGUUCUUAUGGUGUCAGAAAACCUGAGGACAGUUCAGCAAGUCGGCCAUUACAAACAGAAGGAGGUGAACUUGAUACUUUAUCAACCACAGCUACAAACCUUGCAUCAAAGUUUAAAUAUGCCUACGACAAUACAGCUUUGUCUGAAGACAUGAAAGCAUUUAUAGAAAUGUUCAAGAAUAAACGAAUGACAUUAGGUUACACUCAGGAGGAUGUUGGCGUCGAGCUAUCUCGAAUUAGUGGACCUACAUACAGUCAGUCCUUUAUAUCUCGUUUUGAAUCCAAACAACUUGCUGCUAAAGCGUCAGAAAAAAUGCGACCGAUACUCCAAGCUUGGCUGGAUGCUAAAGAUGUCGACCAGACGACUGGUCUUCGGCUUUGUAAGAAACGUCGAAGGCGUACUUCUUUCACAAGCGAUGCUCUUGCUGUUUUAGUAGAAAAUUAUCAGAAGAAUCCGAAACCAAAUACGAAUGAGAUUGCCGAGAUUGCAGCGCAAUUAAAUAUCGAGCCUGUGACUGUGAAAGUUUGGUUCUGUAACAGAAAGCAAGGUGAAAGACGGCGUUCUCAGGGUAAAAUGAAAACCAGCGAAACAUUGAAAUCAGAGUUACAAGCCCGUUCAACAAGCAAAGAACAAGAAAGGCCCAAUGGAGAGCAGAUUGCAUCGUAUUCUCUUGAAAGGUUACAACCGUUAAUCGCUGAACAGGAGGCUGCUCCACCUGUGACUGUCCUAGACACCGAUACAACACAUGUUGUUCAGUUUCAGUCAGGCGUUCCUGUCGCGAGAAACGAUGACAGCAAUUCAUCUCUAACCCAGAAUUCCUCUCCGCCGUACAGCUCUUCCACGACAGUUAUCGACGCAGAUCAAGUGCAGUUUCAGCCAGGCACAACACCAGAUACUACCGAUACUUCCUUAACCCAGGGUACUUCAUAUAGUACUCCGGUAGCUGUGAUGGAGACUGAAGUUCCAACGUCAGUAUAAUCAACGCCAUUUGUACAGUAAAUAUAUAAUCCAGGCCUACAUCCGCUGACGACCGUGUACACUUUUACAUAUGGAAACAUUUCGCUUAAAUUUAGAGUAAACUUUAUGAGUGCAAUUUAUGAAAAUUAUCUGCAUGUACAACAAACAAGUCAUCAGCUGGGCGGCU